GUUUCGAUUCCCGGCUCAACAGUUUCGAUUCCCCGCUGCACACACAGCCGGGGAUGGAAGGAAUGGGAGGAGCUGAGGACAUGGAGGGCACUGAGAAAGAAACCCAAGUUGUGCGACAGAAGGUGGGUUGUGGCAACGAGGUCAUAUCAGGACCCACAAGAAGCCACCCAGCUGCUCAGUGCCUCCUAGCCAGUGUCUUCCUCUGAAGAAGCCCUGCUGAGUCGAGUACUGAGAGAGCCAAGAGGAAUACAAUGCUGCCUGUGACCCAUGUGUUGGCCUUCGGUGCUUGGCUGGUGGUACAGAGCAAGGCUACACCAAGUGCUCCAACAAUCUCCAUCUUCCUGAAGCCACCUGGGGUGAUCCCACCAGGAGGCUCCACCACCAUCUGCUGCAGCUGCCAGCAUGGCAAUGGGAACUUCAUGCUGUACAAGGAUGGCCACCAGCUCCGUACCCUGGAGCAGAGUGGCAGCAGGGCCGAGUUCUCCAUCUCUAAUGCCACCUACAAGGACACGGGUACCUACAACUGCCAUUACCUGGAGGGAGGCACUGUGCUGGCUCGCAGCGAUGGCCUGGAUGUCGUGGUGACAGGGAUCCGUCUCCCUGGACCCAACCUCUCUGUCCUGCCUGGGCAUGAGGUGACUGCAGGAACUCAUGUGAUAUUCCGUUGCACCUCCCCACACCGCAGUACUGGCUGUUUCCUGUACCUGGAGGGCCAGAUCCGAGCCCAAGUACUCUCAAGGGAACAAGAUGACUACAACUUCUCCCAUGUGCAGGAAGGUGAGGGGGGCCACUACAGCUGCCAGUGUUUCACCAAGAAUGCUUCAAUAGAAUGGUCUGCUGUCAGCAAGACCCUGGAUUUGGUGGUGAGAGAUUACACGUUGUGCAACGCAGUGCGCCUGGCGCUGGGGGCCGGGCUGCUGGUCCUGCUGGGGCUCAUUACGGCUGAAGCCACGCGAGGCCGCUGCUGCCGGGGCGGGAGGGCCCACCCUCUCCCCGCAGGCAGCGCUCCCCUGACUGCGACCAGUGUGGGAACACCGGGAUUCCCUUCCCGCGCCUCGCGGUGGGAUAAAUAA